AGUAAACAUGUCAACAAAGAAAAAUAUGCUAAGGCUUUCAGUUGAAGACAAUCGACGCCCGAGUUGGAGAAGCGAAUAUUUGAAUGCCCGACUAAUGACGGCUUACGUUGGUGGCAUAUCGGCAGCGGUGGGUAUUUUGGCGGCAUGUCUCUUCCUCUCCGUCAAAGGGCACAAACGAAGUGUUAAGGUCUUCUGGACAUGCAGCGGUAUUGCAUAUUCGUUAACAUCGCUGCUGCUCAUUUAUGGGACUCUCAAGAAUCGUCGUUACUUGUUUGUGCCAUGGGUGAUGUUCAUUCUGAUGGGACUGGCCGCCUAUACGAAGGUUUUUGACAGCAUUUUCGGUACGCUUAUGAUAGGCCUCCUGCUGUCAGUGAUUAUCAAUUUUAUUUUUCUUGGCAUUGUGAUUUAUCAGUACAGAACGCUCAGUCGUUUGAGCAAUUAA